GGCGACGUUCAAAGCUCCGCCUCCAAAGAGUAGUGUACUAGUACUUUGACCCUGGUCUUCUGCUGACGGUGCACAAACUUCGUCCACUGGCAAGCCAGCAGACGCGCAGAAAAGUGGUGAUAAACCGUCUGUAGUCUGGUACCCGACUGAGCUCAGGAAUGGCGGGUUCCUGGAAAAACCAGCGGAUACAGGACCACUUUGUGGUGCUGUGCAACGAACUGGACGUGGACCGCAUCACCCCCGUCCUCCGGGCAGAGCACAUGCUGACUGCAGACGAGUUUGAGCAACUGACAAACCCCCAUUUCACCACCCAGACCCGCCGUCAGAAGCUCCUCCUCUUCAUCCCCCGCAAGGGCCGCGCCCACUUUGAGAAGCUUGGCGAGUGUCUGGUGUGGUCAGGUCAGAGUGAGCUGGCCAGGAAGAUUGGAGUCCCCGUGGAGGACAUUCGCCCCUCCCCUCACCCUCCUGUCCAGCAGUCAUCGACGUCACUGCAGGCAGCAGAGUUUGCGAGAAUGAUGCACAUGUUGUCAGAUGGAAUGGGGUCACUUGCGUUACCCUGUGAACGUGCCCCCGCCACCUUACCCUGUCCAUCCUACUGCCACCAGCCACCCUGUCCAUCAUUCCACCACUGCUGGUCACCCAGUCCCUACUGGAGUCCCUACUGCCACCACCAGCAGUCGCCCAGUCCCUCCUGCCACCGCUACCAGUCACCAUUACACAUCUUCUCCUCCACGACACCCUCCACUCGGCGCUCCUCAUGCUGCAGUCGGGCCUGAGCCAGCUACGUUACAGUCAUCCAGUCCAGGCUACUGAAUCUGGUGGUAGCAGCUCUUACCAUCCCCGACCAUCAGGCGGAGCAGUUUAUCCACCACCACCUGAUGGAUCAGACCCAGAGCCGAGUAGUCCCAAGAAAGUGCUCGUUCUUUACUGCAACGAUGAGGCGAUGGGAGGAGGAGGAGAUUUCUCCGACAGUGUCUGUGCAUUGGCCGACUUUCUCACUCGAGUCUGUGGCCAGAGAACUCGGGUGCACUGCGACCUCUACAUCACCCACCCACCCAGUAACUGGACCCGAUGGACAGAGAGAGAGAUCAGGGAGAGCGACGCUGUCCUCCUAGUCUGCUCCAAGACUCUCAAACACAUGUUGGACCACCGUAACCCCGAUCGACCGGUCCCCAUGAAGAAGGGUCACUUUGACGCCGAAACUGUCUACAAUCUGAUCCGCUCGCCAAAGUUCAUCCCGGUGUUUGUCAAACCACACGGGGCUGGAUGACCUCCCCGACCUCUAUUCCCAGCCCUACCGUGACUGGGUCCCUCGCAGCUCCUCGGAGUGACCCGCUACUGGCUGGACCUGCAGGGACUCCACAGUGACAUGAGAGAGCACCCUCGGAGGAGGAAUAUGGACACGAGCUCGCUCGCGUUCUGGGGAACCCGCAACCGGCGAGGAACGUGAAGCCAAUCUUUGUCCUACUUAGAUUUCUGCAGGGAGUUUCAGACACACCGAGGCCAACUCCGUUCCGUGAUCCCAUCAUUCCACCUCUAGGUAGAGUGGAUGUUGCUCCACAUGGCUAUCACUCACAUACAUAAUCAUUGAGUGUCACUAUUUUUCAGCAUCAUAAGAGGUUUACCCUUCACAUUAUGGUAGUGGUAGGGAGUUUCAGUUUGAGGCCAACUCACUAUAUAAGUUUCACAAGUAUGGCUAUGAAUUUCAUUACACUGCUAUUUGUGUUGUCUGGCAGAUACGACAUAUUGCGUACUCCCAGCAACACACCUAGCGAACAAAGCUCCGCCGCCAGCAGAGCUGACAUUCACGGAGCGUGAGUUGCUGACAAUAGCCAGCCACAUCCCGAGGGACUGGGAGACUCUGGGCAUCAAACUCGGCCUCCUGUUCCCCGCUCUCAGAACAUCCGAUACAAGCACUCGCUGGACGUCCAGGGAGCUGCAAUGGAGAUGUUGGAGGUGUGGCGGAGGGAGAAGGGGGAACAGGCAACCAGAACUGCCCUCAGAGAAUCUCUCGUGGCUGUAGGCUAUGGUCGAAUUGCCGAGAAAAUCUUUGGUAAAGACUAGCAUGUAAUAAACACUAUGUAGGUCCAUGUAUUGAAUUGUGUACAUAUUAAAGUAUACAGCUGUUGUAGUAAUCGCAAGCCAACUUUCUUCCGUACAGACGGCUCUGGAAUAAUAUAUACUUCACACAUUACUACAAAAUUACUCUUGAGAAAUACGGAGGAAAGAAAACAGAAACCCAAAACGUUUGUGUACAACUAGUUUGUGGGGAGCUAGUCGUCGCUGUCUUCGUCCUGUUGGCUCCCAUCCAGUAGCAUAUAGAGGAACAUCCUCUGAGUGAGGAUCUUGCCCACCAGAGAAGCAUACUCCACCACGAUCCUGUCCUUGAUGUGGCCGUAAUAGCUCCGGAACAGCAUGUACGGGAUCACCUGUUUCUCAAACAGUAUGAGCACGCCACCCAGGAAAGAAAGGACACGCUCGGUGUUGUACUGGUCGUCGUUCAAUCGCGAGUAUUUAGACACGUCGAGUCGCUGUCGUGCGGUUUCGAUCGGCGUGAAUCGAUACGUGUCGGGACAGAGGAGGUACGAGGGGCUGUACUUUCCCUUGUAGUUCAUCUUGGCGUUGUUGUGUAUGUAAUACCCCAUGCAGUAGUUCUGAAACUCGGGCUUGGUUCUGCUCAGUCUGCGAACGAGUUCGAUCUCCCGCAGUGCCGAGUACACUCCGAGAUCGAGCCAGGAGUACUCCGGGUCGUAGUAGACGUAGACUGACGAGAGGUGUGUCGGGAGGAUGUCCACCACUGCCACCAUUAUCAACUUCCCGUCGAGGUAGUAUUGGUAGUGGAAGGAGCCGUAUUUCGGAGUCCCAGCCUAUGGGACCGUCCAGGGAAAUGAGCGGAGUGUCGCAGAGGAACCGACGGAAGGAUCGCUCUGAUAUCUCCUCCUCCUUAUCCCCGUGGACGGCCAUCUGGUACUUCUUGUAGAGGAGGAAGCUCUCGAUGAACGAAGACAUGAGCUCCUGGGUCAGAGGGUAGCAGUCCACCACCUUCAGCUCCAGGUUAUGAGCCAACUUUUGGUCUGAUGGGAGUUGCAGGAGCUCCUCGACUGUGAUGUGUGGCUGACUGGGUUCAGCCUCAAUCUUUGGCUUAGGUUCCUCGGUAGUAGAAGUAGGCUGCUCUGACUGUGUAUCCAUUGGAUCUCCAUCUUCUUCCUUGUCUUCCUUUGCUUCGCCAUUCUUGUCUUCCACCGCUUCCUUAGCAGCAGCAGCAGCAGUGUCAUCAUCUUUAUCCCCAGUGUCCAUAGCCUUGCUGUCUUCACCAACUGAUGCUGUCUUCUCACUGAUGCUAUCGCCUAUGUUUACUCCAGGGUCUGGCUCUCUGGCCGCCAGCUUUUUGUUGCGUCUCUCCAGACGAAGCUCCUUUCCUUUCCUGCAGCGAGGCUUGUUGUGGUCAGCACCCACCCCCGGCCUAGGCACCUUCUUUUCCUUCUUCUUGGUCUCAACCUCAGACUCAUUCUUUUGUUCAUCUUUGACUGUGUCCAUCACUGUCUGUGGAUCAUCUGUUGAGUCCUUUACGUCUUUCUCAUUGCCUUUUGUCCCUUCAGCUGUCCCUUCAGUUUCAUUAGUUUCUUCCUUAUCUCCCCCACCUGCUCCAUUUGUCUUCCUCUCUUCCUCCACCGUGGGAGCCUUUUCCCCAUCUACUCCGUUUGUCUUCUCCUCUCCCUUCAUUGUGGGAGGAGAAUCCCUUUCCCUUUCCCCACCUGCUCCGUUUGUCUUCAUCUCUUCCAUCAUUGUGGGAGCCUCUUCCCCACCUACUUCGUUUGUGUUCCCCUCUUCCUUCAUCAUGGGAGAAUCCUUCUCCUCUUUCUCCGAGGCUUCCCGAGGCUUGGCUAUGCUGGCUCGCUGCGAUUCUUUCCCUUCGACCAGAAAUGCGCGCAUUCUCCUGGCGACUUUCCGCUGGGAACGCGUCGGCUUGAAUCGUAGCGCCUCGCAGCGGAUAGCGUAGGGCGGGCAGCACGUCCUGCUCAUUAUGGGCUUGUAGAGGUACUUGCCGCUCCUCCGCCAGCCUCGCUCGAUGAGGUCCUGGUAGUCCUGGCCGGCCAGACGGUGUCCCCACAUACCGUUCGUCACGAAACCGUCCGCCGACUUGCAGUAGCCGCACCUGUGGCCAGACACCUGUCGUUCGUAGAAGUAUUCGACGAUGCUGGCUUCGAUGUCAUCGGUGUUUCUAGCCUCUUUCUCCUCUGUCGCCAUCUUGCCCUUUUUGGACGG